UGAAUAUGAUCUAGUGGACUACAUGGAAUAUCUUCGUCAGCCAGAGCAAAGGGACAGAAAAGAGACCACUUUGAGGAGAAUAGUGAAGGAGAUGCUUCUUGGCCUUCAAGUUCUUCACCGUGCUGGAGUGGUACAUCGUGAUAUAAAGCCUAGAAAUGUUUUGAUGGACAAAGAAGAAAGGGCGAGGCUGGCUGACUUUGGCAUAAGUCGCAAACUGGAGGAGGGGAAAACCACAGUGUAUACUGACAGAGCUGGUACACAAGGCUGGGAGGCAACCGAGAUUGUAAAUCAGACAGAAAAAGGCAGAUACAAAAUGAGCUCAGACAUCCAGGUAGCAGGGAUGUUAACCUAUUACGUCCUCUCUGACGGGAAACAUCCGUUUGGUGAUGUCAUCCGCCGUGAGAUGAACAUUUCAGAAGGGAAAUAUAGUCUUGGCGAUAUUCAAGAUAUUGCAGCAAAGGAUCUCAUAGCAUGGAUGAUCAACAAAGAACCAGCAGAGAGACCAACCAUCGACAAGGUCCUAAAUCACCCUUAUUUCUGGGAUGAUAAACGGAUAAGAGAGGUUCUUCACAAUCUGGGUAAUAAAGAGGAAGUCCAGGAAUACAAAAACUACGAAAACAAUAAAAAGCUUUAUGACACUGUACAAAAACACACAGAGGGAAAAGCCUUUUCUGACUGGAAGACAAAGGUGAGCAAUGACUUCUUCACCUAAACGUAAGAGAUGUGUUUUCCUCUCCUUGCUAAAUUGCUGAUUGGUUCAGUUAAGGUUGUGUUUGGACUAUUAACAGCACAGCAAACUAGAUUAGUGAUACUUAACUGGUACUAUGUAGUACUAGUGACCCCAAACUGGGUUGUAGGGUUCUCUCUUAUGUUCGGACAGAGGGGGAAAUCAAUGCACUUAACCAUUUUCAGUAAAUUUAAAUUAUAUUGAUUAUAAAAACAGGGUUGUAUUUUCCUACACUUGCAUAGUGUUGCAAUUUAUGUUUUUAACUAAUUUUUAACAAUUUAUGCUUUCAACUUGCUUGCUUGUUUAUAUUCAUUGACUCAGUGCUGUAAUGCUGAAUGAAUGCUAUUUGUAUAAUGUGAAAUGAUUUGUAAAAACAGUCACAGAGUGUGUCUUCUGAAGAUCACAUACUGUACACUAUGUGAUAAAAGGACAGUUCAAGCACAAAUGACAAUUCGGUCAUCAUUUACUGACCCAUCAUGACCCUCGGUUUAUAUCCUUUAUUUUAUUUUGUUUUUAGUUUCCAAGACUUUUUUUCUUGCACUGGAAUUUUGAAUAAAACUCUUCAUAUUGA